CCCCUCAAGAGCACCAAUCGAACCGAGUGCCCCGUGUGGGGCUGUGAUGAGGCCCCCCCACCUCCGGCCCCCCGCCAAUCCAACGGCCGCCUGUGGCCGUUGUCUCGAAGUCGCGUAGGUACCACGAAUGCACCAAACUCGAACUCAGUGAACCAGUCCAGUGACCGUCGGAAGCGCAGUGUCGGGGAUACGACGACGGUCACCGCGCUGCGCUCAGGAUUCCGGCCUUGAGCCCUGGGCCAUGGCCGGGACGUCCCGGGCCCAGGCGGCGUGAUGUCGAGCUCGGCGAGCCUCGAGGCGUCCGCCACGCCGCCAACCCUCAAGAUGUCCAGCCGGCAACUGCUCAACGUCAGCUCACUCAGCAAGCACUCGGCGGCCGCGGGCGGCGGGGGCACGCCGCUGCUCGUGGCCGACGCGCGCAGGCGCCUCCAACUGGCCUCCGCGUCCCGUCUCGCCGUCCACCAGCUACUGGGCUCGCUGGCGCUGCUGUGCCUCCUGUCGCUGCUCAUGGCUUUCCUCGCUCUCUUCUUCCUGCAACGCGUGGCCAGCGCGGGCCCGCAAAACUCCGACAGCCCGGAGGAACACCUGGCCCUCUACCAGGUGGCCGUUGCCAUGAGCACGCUUACCAUAUCACUCAACCUGUGCUGCCUGUUCGUCUGCUGCAUCCAGUUCCUGCUCGGCGUCAAGCUGCUCCGGACGCCGAACGGACUCGACAGGACAAACAUGUUCAUCAAGAGGAGCUCCCAUACCCGUGUGCUGGCGAUCGCCGGCUUUUUCUUGUCAAUACCAGUCUUUUUCACAGGAGUAAUCCUCUUCACAUUCAUCCACUUCCACGAGCUGCCAGCAAUCGUGACCAGUGUCGUGAUUGGACUGGGCAUCGUCUUCUGUGGUGUGGCAUCUGUCCACAACGUCUACCUCUGGCAGUGGGAGAAGACCUGUGCCACACGUGAACUGGUUGAGAGCCGUGCUCUCGGUGUGCAGCCGGACUUGACCCACACCCUUGAGCUCUCGACGCUGGUGUGACUGUGUGUGUGAUGAUGAUGCUUGCUAACGAGUGACUACCACACAAGACGGAGGUCAUUCAAGAACGAGGAACAAUCGCAACCGGUGCUCCUGCUCACAGUGACAUGUGACAUAAGAGUUUUGCUAGCAAACGGUAAGAGAAGCUAGUCAGCAUGAGGCCUCUCAUAUGAAUGAAAAGAUCAUUCUACACCUCAAUACAGCAACCUCUGCUUGGCUAAGCCUUAUCGUGAUGCAUGGCUGAAAGUUGCCAGCAAUAUUUUAAUGAAGUUUAAUUUG